CUCGGACAACAAUAACGAACGGAACAAUCACUGCAAUUCUGUUUAUGAUACCGGGAGCGAAGUUGUUACAGCUGAUUGUCAGCUUGUUUACAUUUCAUUAUAUAGUUGUAAGGUUAUUUGGCGACCGAAGUUCAGUUUUCAAUCUGUUGUUGCAGUUACAGCCAGAGCCUUUGCUUCCGAGCGUCGUUGAUUAUGGUUUAGACGGAGCCCUUUUCUCUGAGACCGCAGCGAAGGUUCCAGUUGCAUGAAGGAGUCACCAGGUCAUGUGGUUGAGGAGCCAUUGUUGUUAUCAGCAACCUCGAUGCUGCAGUAUCUUUUGGGAUAAUGAGGCGGGUCCCGGAGGUGCUGGGUGACUGGUGUCCUAAUUCCACUGAUCCAGCAGGGGACAAAAGGUGUGUUUUCAGGAGAGAGCGCGGGGCAGCCAUGCUGACGUUGGCCAGUAAGCUGAAGAGGGACGAGGGGGUGAAGACUGGCCGUCCCCCUGGGGGCCCCUCCGACUCCUCUCACAGGGUCUCUAUCAGGGACCGACUACUCAUCAAAGAAGUUGCAGAACUUGAAGCCAACCUCCCUAGUACGUGUAAAGCCAGCUUCCCUGAUGAGAACAAGCUACACCACUUUCAGCUGGCUGUCUCUCCAGAUGAAGGCUACUACCAGAGUGGAACGUUCCAUUUUGAAAUAGACGUCCCUGAAGCCUACAACAUGGUGCCUCCCAAAGUGAAAUGCCAGACCAGAAUAUGGCACCCCAACAUUGCUGAGACGGGGGAGAUCUGUUUGAGUUUGUUGCGGGAGCACUCUAUCGACGGCACGGGCUGGGCCCCUACCAGAACGUUAAAGGAUGUAGUCUGGGGAUUGAACUCCUUGUUUACCGAUCUACUUAACUUUGAUGACCCGUUGAACAUUGACGCGGCCGAGCAUCAUCUGCGUGAUAAGGAGGAUUUCCGGAAUAAGGUUCAGGAUUACAUCAAGCACUACGCCAGGUGAUGACUGCAUCAGCUGCGCCAGCUGCCUGCCCCCCUCCCCCGUCUGUGACUGCGCAGCUGAACCCCGUCCCUAAUGUCUCAUCAACCAACUAACCGCUGCGCACCGCUGACACGCCCCCUACUGCAAUAAGACGUCGCUGGAAGAAGGAAAGAUUAAACACGUUUUUUUUUAAGUUUGAGGAGGGACUUGUUUAUUGGACCAGAGUAAUCAUCCGUCACAACAGGGAUCGUCCAAUGACUGGGCUUCUCGUUGUGUCUGAGCCAAUCAGAGUGGGCGCCGGUGGCAGUGAGGACCCGGGAUUUAAUCAAUCCAGUUAUCUGUUAUUUAAGAAUCGGCGAAUCAAAGAGAAAGAUGAUCUGUUAGUUUUUCUCAGUUCUAGUGCCUGCCAUGUUUGUGUUGCAAAGAAAAUGCACGCGAACUCACGCACACACACACACAGAAUCCCUUCAUGCACAUUGAGAAACGAACAUACUCAACUAGCUUCUCACAACACACAGCACUUGGCUGUGCAUGCAAACACACAGCUGGAAAAAGGACAUAUCUGUUAUGUCACUCGUUCCUGCCCACCCCCAACUCACCAGACAGCAUGUGAAUGACAAGUGCCACCAACCCAGUCCCCAUUCAAGUCAGUCCCCAUUCCAGUCAGUCCCCAUAUUGUCCAUUUCACUCUGGAUAUGUCUGAAAAGGCACCCUAAUAAUCCCAAUAAUCCCAAACCCUAUAGGCUCUGGUCAAACGUAGUGAGUGCAUUAUAUGGGGCAGGGUUAUUCAACUCUGACCCUACGUCAGCCGAAGCCUCCUGUUUUUCAUCCCUCUAUCCUGCUGCUUUUCCCUCCACACCUCUUAGGCCCCACCCACCUCAUGUGUUCUCCUCUGCCCCCAAGGUAGGGGAAUACCAGGGUGCUCUCCCUGUCCUAGGUUGUGUAUGAGUCCUCUGAUUAGUUGUCUAAAGGGAGGGCCUGUGGUCUCGCUCUCUUCUAUGUCCUUGUGUGUCUGUCUGUCCCUCCCUGUGUGUGUGUGUGUGCGUGCGUGCGUGCGUGCGUCACUGUAUUAAACAUUGUAUUUACGUUUCCAUGAGGCAAAGUGUAUAUGAUCAGGAGGUGGUGUAUUUUAGUGUGUGUGUGCGCGUGCUUUCAUAUGAACAAGUUCAGAUUUUACUUGUUAGCAUGCUCUGGUUCUUAGCCCCACACUCCUUGUUUUACUGGCCCAGCUAGCCUAGUUUCCUGUGAGGCUCGGGAGGGUCUGUCCCUCAGUUCAAAUCCUCCUUUGCUUUCAGAUUGUAUAUCGUUUUUUAAAGAUAUAUUAAAGAGGAUGUAAUAAGGA